UAAUUGCUUCACAGUCAGCUAGGUCUACAUCAAGCAGUCAUUAGUUCCAUCCUUCCAUUACAGUUUGUUCAUCGAUCUUGGCUGCGAUUCAUCAAUCUUCGUUUUCUGCCUUUUCUCCGUGCGAGCUAUUUUUUACUGUAUGUUUGCAUCACUUCGUCGCCCUGGGCAACUUUCGUUUGUUAUCUCUUUUCUUCGUCAACUUCAUUUGUUACCUCCUUUCUGCCAUUGAUAAUCUUAGGUUCUCGCGUAUGCUAGGUUCGCAGUUGUUCUUCCUUUUCAAGCUAGAGAAUAGAUCGUCUCAGCUUGAGAUACGAUCGUCUAAAAAUUUGUUGUCAGAAUACCAGGCCUCAACAAUGGAUUAUACACCAUUAAGAAACUUGGAAAUCGGUCAGCGCGGGAGCACGAUUAUUGUCCGUGUUGCAAGGAUGUGGGAUUCUACAAACCCAUCACAACAAGACCAGCUGAUGAGUGUUGACCUCAUCUUUGUUGAUGAACAGGGAACAACAAUACAAGGCUCCAUUAGAAAAGAAGAUGCAGACAGGAUAAAGGAAUUCUUGCUGGAGGGACAUAUCUAUAAAAUAUCAAAUUUCUUUGUUGGAGCUGCAAGAAAGACUUUUAAAGUUUCAAAGCACGAGCACAUUAUCCGAAUUGGAACAUGGACCAUCAUAUCAGAAAUGUCUGAUACCAAAGAUGACAUUCCAAUGAAUUGUUUUAAUUUUGUGGACGACCAGGUAUUAGAAUCAAGAUUAUACAAUGAUGUUGAGCUUACUGAUGUGAUGGGUCACUUAACUUCUGUUUCAAGGCUUACAACAACUUUUGCUAAUGGAAGGAUGGGCAAAAAAUUCAUUACUGUCGCAUCGAUAGCAGAGAUAGACGCAUCAAAGGGCUGGUGGUAUAAUGCAUGUCCAAAAUGUAAGGUCGGUAUCAGCAACUAUCAAGGAAAAAUGUCCUGCAACAAGUGUGGACCAACAGAGAAAAUGCCAAUCCCAUGGUACAAAGUAAAUGUCAAUGUCACUGAUGGAAUACAUGGUGCUAAAUUUCUCCUCUUCGGGAAACAUUUUGAGAGACUAAUCAACAUACCAGCGGGCACUUUGUCUGAACUUCCAACUUCUGUUAGAACAGAAGUUCCGGAAAUCAUGCAAAAUUUGUAUGGCAAAACAUACAACUUCACUGUUUCCAUUAAUGAGAGGGACAACAACUCUGAUAUCUUAACAUUUAAUGUCUCUCAAGUUUAUGAAGAUGAAAAGCUAAUGACAAAUGAUGCGAUGAAAAGGAAGGCACUUCUGGAACCUUCACAGUGCCAAAUUUUGGAAACUGAUGGGGAUAAUGCUAUGGGGAAUAACUUUCUGCACAAUGUUGCAAAGAACAAGCGAAAAAGGGAUGUCGUGAAAGAGGAGAAGAAAAACUUCCUUGCAAAAAAUAAACGUCGUGCAGAUCUUUGAAGACCAUCGCUGCAAAAAGGAAAUCUUAAAAAUUGAACAUGUUUAGUAAGCCAUGAUUCCACUUUUGUUUUUGUUGUAUAUAGACUUCCAAAAAUGGCCAAGUAGGCAAAUAUUUGGUCUCCUGAAGAAAAAACUUAUAUUGCUAUGUCCUGCCUGGAAUUCUGCACAGAGCUUUUGUGAAAGACAGUUGUUUUUGGUUAUAUUAACUUCUAAGUUGUUUAAUGAA